CAGAUGGGACAGCAGGCCACUCUGCAGCCACCGUGUAGCUCUUGAACCGGCUCACCUUAGAGCACACUGGCAACUCAACCAAACAAGCAAGACAAAGGAAAAAAUAGGAAAGAGAAAGACUCACAACUCCUUGGGAAAAGAGAAUUUUCUAAUUUUCUGACAUACAGAACAUCAGAAAAACUGGAACCUUCAGACUGGGACGGACGUUUGCAGAAACUGACUUGAAGGAUGCAGAACGGAGGCUGGAAUGCCACACUCCCCCUCUCUCUCCUGAUAAAAGAGGCGUGUCCUCCAGGGGGCAUGUCUCUGGAGGGGGAUGGGGGCGGGCUUUCAGGGGCAUCUCUUGAAGGCGAGUUUUUCUUGGACUCUGUGGCUGAGCUAGAGAUUGGGGAUGGGGACUUUCCAGAACUUUCUGCUUUCCUGAGCCAAGAUGAGAUCAGCCACAGUCUGGACCUGGCCCGGGAGGCCAUGAGUGACGCAGGUGACCCAAAUGACCUUGAUGAACCACCAGCCCCCACAGAGAAUCUCCCUCUUUACUCAGAAACCAAAGACCACACCCUUCCAGAUUCUGCAUUAACUCAAAUAUCCCAGUCAUCUGACAUUGCAUCAGGUAAAGUCUCCUCCAAUCAGAGCACUGCCCCUGAAUCACCUGAAAAGUUUGUCUGCCAAAAAUCCAUUGCAUCAGUAUAUAAGCAGGACCGGCCCCGGUUAGUCCACAGAGGCUUGGAGCUGAAUGAACGAGCUGCUUCGGCUACCGAAUUCUGUAGCCGAGCUGCCACCUUCAUUGAGGAGCUCUCUUCCAUCUUCAAAGGCUCCACACGUGUGGAUCACCAAGGUGAUGAAGACUCCUCCUCGCCUGACAGUGGUUACCUUUCUCCAAGGAGCCACCGACUGGCCGCACAGCAGGCUCAACAACCUUCGUCAUCUUCCUCUUCCUUAGAGCCCCAGCAGGAAGACAGACUCCAGGACCAGGCUGGUUCAUAUAUGGCUGAACAUCAGGGGCGAGGGGUUAGUCUAGAUGGACCCAUGGCUCCUCCACACUUCAUCCAGAAACUGAAGAGCCAGGAGGUGGCAGAGGGUAGCCCAAUCCGUCUAGAAUGCCGGGUGACAGGGAACCCCCUUCCACUAGUCAGGUGGUUUUGUGAGGGGCGGGAGCUGCACCACUGCCCUGACAUUCAGAUCUGUCGUGAUGGUGACCUGCACACACUGGUGAUAACUGAAGCAUUUGAAGACGACACUGGCAGGUACACCUGCGUAGCUUCCAACGCACUGGGAGCAGACAACACCUCUGCAGAGGUCUAUAUUGAAGGUGCUUCUUCCUCUGACUCCGAAGGUGAAGGAUUCUUGUCGAAGUCUAGGUCCAGAGCCAUGCCACAGGCUAAGAAGAAAACCACCUCGGUUUCAUUGACGAUACACACAGGAUCCCCAAAGAGCACAGAGGCCCAGCCUCAUCGCUCCACGCUGGUCCAGCCGAUUUCUACUACACCACAAAGAGUUCAGAGUCCAGUUUCCUCUCUCUAUGCUGGUGAUACUCUUCCGAAAGCACCCCCUACCUUCACUAAGAUGUUGCAGGACACGCAGGCAUCUGAGGGUCAGGUGGUGGUUUUGGAGUGUCGGGUAAGAGGAAGUCUUCCUCUGCAGGUCCAGUGGCUUCGGGAGGGUCAGGAGAUCCAGGACUCCCCUGACUUCCGAAUUCUGCAGAAGAAGCCAAGAUCAGCAGCAGAACCAGAGGAGAUCUGCACACUGGUGAUUGCAGAAGCGUUCCCUGAAGACGGAGGUCUGUUCUGCUGCACUGCAACCAACCAAUACGGCUCAGUUAAUAACACUGCACAGCUCACUGUCACCCCAGUUGCUGAAGAGUUGCCCAGCAACUGCGUUUCCAGGGACGAUAUGGUGUUUGAGGACAGCCAACCAUUCCCGCCUCCUCCUCCGCCCACUGAGAUCAGUUUGUUGGAAGUCCCGCCCAAAACUCCGCCCAGCACUGAGGCCUUCCAGAUAAAUGAACUGGACAUCUGGCCCAGUGUCACAUCGUUGCCUGUGCAGAUCUCCACCGAUAAAGAGCAUGAAACUCUACUCAACAAACCUUUACAAAAUGGUCAGGCAGUGAACAAGCCACCUGAUGAGAGUCUGCCAACACCUUCAAGUGUAAAGGAAACAGCAGCUCCACCUCCAUCGCCGUCACAAGUUAAGAGUGCCCCACCUCUCCCCACCAAACCCAAACUAUCGAAUGAGCAAGCAGACGACCUCUCAAGCGAAAGAAACGCCGCACAGCUGAAGCAGCUUCAAGAUCAGAUUCUCCUAGAACAGCAACAACAGCUAAGUCAGGAAAUUCCCCCUCCUCAUCAACACUCAAAGGAAGUCCCACCUCCAUCUCCGCCUCUCCCACCUCCUCCCUUCUUCCAGGAGUUGGAGUGUAGCACCAUGCAGACAAGCACCUUCAACUAUGCCCGGCCUAAGCAGUUCAUUGCUGCCCAGAUCCCCACAACAACCGGGGGACCACUUGGAUACAGCAUCCAGUCCUCUACCACCUCAGGUUCCAGCCUGGCCUCCCCACUGUCCCCAACCACAAGCCACAAACCCUUCAGCCGCGUCAACCUUCCACUCUUCCAACAGCAGCCGUCACUGACUAAAGGAAGCAGUGUGGAGUCUCCCAGCUCGCCCUCUUUCCCCCCACCCCCUCCACCCUUUCUCAGCUCCAGCAAUAUCUCCUCUCCUUCUGGCUCAGCACAAGACUUCCCUCCACCGCCUCCGCCACCUGUCACAUCAAGCCCCACCCGCUCAGAGAGCUCCUCUCCCUUCACAUCCAUGCCACAAUCACCAGCCGGGUUUCUGGUAUCAGUGCUCCCAUCCUCACCACCUCCGCCACCGUUAAACACCCUGGGCCUGCCCAAGGGUAAUGGUACAGUGGCACUGCCACGUAAGUCUACAUCCCGCACACCACGCAUCAUCUCUGAUUCUGAUAUCCAAGGAUCCAAAGAUGCUGUCAUACAAGAUCUGGAGAGAAAACUACGUUUCAAAGAGGAGAGGCUCAGCAAUGGUCAACAGAGGUUAACUUAUGAGGAGAAGAUGGCUCGCAGGCUGCUGGGGGCUGACAAUGCUGCCACAGUGCUUAACACACAACAGGUGGCAGAGGAGACAGUAACACAGGAAGGCAGCUCAGCUGAUUCAGAGUCUGUCCCUCAAAAGGAGUAUAAAGUGUCAAGCUUCGAACAGCGGCUGAUCAGCGAGAUUGAGUUCCGUCUGGAGCGCUCGCCUGUGGAGGAAUCUGAUGAUGAUGUCCAGCACUAUGAAGACACACCUGGAGAGGUUGCACCAUUCUUCGAUCAGAAGCUAAAGCACUACAAGGUUUUCGAGGGCAUGCCAGUUACCUUUAGCUGCAAGGUCAUUGGAGACCCAAAGCCAAAGGUGUACUGGUUUAAGGAUGGAAAGCAGAUCUCAAAGCGCAGUGAACACUACCGGAUCAGCCGCGAGGCAGAUGGCACAUUCUCCCUGCACACAGCAGCUGCCUCACUAGAUGAUGAUGGAAACUAUACUGUUAUGGCAGGCAAUCCAGCGGGGAGAGUGAGCUGUACUGGAAGGAUGAUGGUCCAGGCUGUGAACCAAAGGGGGCGGAGUCAGCGCUCCACACCUGGUCAUAUCCGCAGACCACGCUCAAGGUCCAGAGACAGUGGUGAUGAGAAUGAGAACAUUCAGGAACGUCACUUCCGUCCUCACUUCCUGCAGGCCCCCGGUGACCUUAUAGUGCAGGAGGGCAAACUCUGUCGCAUGGACUGCAAGGUAAGUGGUUUGCCAACACCUGACCUCAUCUGGCAGCUGAAUGGCCGGACCAUCCGUCCAGACUCUUCCCACAAGAUGCUGGUGAGGGAGAACGGUGUUCACUCACUGGUCAUUGAGCCGGUCACUAGCAGAGAUGCAGGCGUGUACACGUGCAUCGCCAGUAACAGGGCUGGACAGAACUCAUUCAGCUUGGAGCUAAUUGUUGCAGCCAAAGAGAUGCAUAAAGCCCCGUGUUUCAUCGAGAAACUCCAGAACACAAGUGUCGCUGAGGGUCACCCUGUACGUUUAGAGUGCCGUGUGUCUGGUGUUCCUUUCCCACAGAUCUUCUGGAAGAAAGAAAACGAGUCCUUCACUCACAACACAGACAGGAUAAGCAUGCACCAGGAUAACUUUGGUUACCUCUGUAUGAUCAUCCAGCCUGCUCUGAAGGAGGACGCAGGCUGGUACACAGUUUCAGCAAAGAAUGAAGCUGGCAUUAUCUCAAGUACAGCACGUCUUGAUGUGCAUGCCCAGUGGCAGCAGACUCACACCCCGAAGCCCAAGAAAGUCCGCCCAUCAGCGAGCCGCUACGCCGCUCUGACGGAACGGGGUCUGGAUGUGAAGGCGGCCUUUUUCCCAGAUUCCAACCCUCUUCUUCCCGGUGCCCUAGUGGAGAGUGAUGACCUGUAGAGACUAGCAUGGAGACUAUCCCUCGAUUGCAUCGGCAAUAUCCAGUGUACUCAAUAAUUCUCACCCAUUUCCCAGCACGAACCUCUUAAUAGGGUUGGAUGAGCAGAGAAAAGUGAUCGAAUGAACGAUUAACAGCCAUUCAUUCAGUCAGACUGAAGGGAAGGGAGCAAGUUGGUCAGCAUUUCUUCAGAGUCUGAUUCAUGAUUUUUAAGAUCAGAAAAAUAGACCAUUCACUAUACUUUUGUCAUGUUUUCUGAGGGGAAGGGAUUUGGGUGGUUGUGAGUUCAUAUCCUGCUUGUAAACAGACUUAAUGGUAUGCUGGCGCACUUAUCAUACCCAUAUCUGCUAUCAGAUACAAAUACACACACAACUGCACAUGCUUUGAGGAAGGAGGUAGUAUACCGAUGAUCACCUUUUUGUCAUCUCUUAAUUUUUUCACAAGUGCCUAGAAUAUCUUUAAAAAUAAAAUAAAAAAUAGCAUCUAGCUAUGCAUGUUACUACAGUGCCAACAUGUAACACUUUUUAUGUAUUUAGUUAUAAUGCCUUUAGAUAUAUUUAUGAAUCGCUGGAGGAAAUAUUUUCCUCUCCAGCACAGGAAAUAAAACUUUUUGGGGUGGUUCUCUGGAAGUGGGUGACAGGGCUUUGAAGAGGUGGGGAAAAGUCAAGGACACACCUAAAGCUGCAGAGACCUGAUCGUCCCUGGAGCCUCAGCGUCCUUACAAUGACAAAAGAGGUCCCAGAUAACAAUCUGCUGCUUUUCUGUCAACCGCAGUAUUGACAGAUGCACACUGCUAUUGAGAUGAGCGGUGUCUGGAUCUCAGCACAAGUCUAGAGAUGUUGCACAAGGCCGGGCCUUAAUGAUCUUGUCCCACCCCAUCUUUUGUUAGUUUUUAGGAGAGAUUAAAAGCGGAGACUGAUAUGUCGUUAACAUGAGUAAUGAAAUUGGAAAGAGUUUUGGCUGACUGACAGGUUUUGAUGAAUACAAAUGUUGUGUUUCCAUGGAAGUGAGAGUGAUGAGAAAUGCCUAUGAUGGAAGUACAGGAAACAGGUUUAUGGGCUGUGCAGUGGAGGAGGAACUGCUGGUAUGGAUGAAGAUAAGACGUUUAUACAAUUAUGAUUGAUUCAAAAUGAUUUUAAUGAUUAUGGUCAUGCAUGGAAUGAAUAGAUGGUAACGCUUUGACAGGUGGUUGCAGUUUUCAGGUUUGGAAUUACAGAAACAUGCAAGAACUUGCAUGCAAAAUGUGAUAUUGAUGGCAAAGAUUUGAUAAAGGAAUAGUUCACCCAUUUGCACACCCUCAUCAUAAUGAACUAUCUCUUUUUAAGCAUUUACAUUUUGACGAAUUCCUUAUAGAAAAGUAAUAGAACCAGUAUUUUCUGCGUCUCAUUCACAUACACUUCCAGUAAUUGUUUCCACAACAUUUCCUCUAAUCAUUAAAGGGAUAGUUCACCCAAAAACUGAAUGUCUCUCAUCAUUGACUUGCCCUCAGACCAUACCAGAUGUAUAUGACUUUCUUUCUUCUGCAGAACACAAAUUAAGAUUUUUAGAAGAGUAUCUCUGCUCUGCAAGGCCAUACAAUUCAGGUGAAUUGUGGCCAGAACUUUGAAGCUCCAAAAAGCACACAAAGGCAGCAUAAAUGUAAUCCAUACAACUCUAGUGGUUAAAUCCAUGUCUUCAGAAGCAACAUGAUUGGUGUGGGUGAGAAACGGAUCAAUAUUGAAGUCCUUUUUUACUAUAAAUGUCCACUUUCACGUUCUUUUAUUUUUGUCGAUUUGCAUUCUUUGUGCAUAUCACCACCUACUUGUCAAAGGAGAAUUGAUAUUAAAAAAGGACUUAAGCAUUGACCUGCUUUUCACCCACACCCAUCAUAUCGCUUCUGAAGAUAUGGAUUUAACCACUGGAAUGGUAUGGAUUACUUUUAUAAUGUCUUUGUGAUUUUUGGAGAUUCAAAGUUCUGGUCACCAUUCACUUGCAUGUGAGGACCUACAGAGCUGAAAUAUUCUUCUAAAAAUCUUUGUGUUCUGCAGAAAAAAGUAAGUCAUGCACAUGGCUUGAGGGUGAGUAAAUGAGAGAAUUUUAUUAUUUUAAAUUUAGUGUAAAAUAAUUUUUGGGGUAAUUCAAUAACUAAGCCAUCAUCUCUCACACACACACACACACACACACACACACACACACACACACACACACACACACUGAUAUUUGCAGCGUAUAUACACAUAACACAGAAAUGCAUACGUAUAAGCCUGUGAUUACAUAUGUUCUUUCUUAGACAGCUGUUUUAUCCUUGAAAUAAAAGAUAUUGGGAUGCUCUUAUUCUGCAUUUAUUUUCUGUUUUCCAAGCCAACCUGUGCCUGUAUACGGACUGUUCUUAUUCUGUUUUGAUAUAUGAAUAGUAACAUAAAUAAACAUCUCUGGAAGUA